AUGGCGUGUCUGAAAACUUUUCUUUUAAUUUUAACUUCAGUAUUUUUCAGUGUUACUGAUACUGCAUCGGCUUGCUCUGAUGGACAAUGCAGGCUACGAGAUAAAUGCUCGUCGGAUGGAGACUGCGAGGCUGGACUCUUUUGUUUUUCAUGUUCUUUAGAAUUUGAGGGUUCAAGAUGCGUUAGAUCAACUGUUACAGAUCAAUUUAAGCUUGUGAACAACUCUUUGCCAUUCAACAAAUAUGCAUUCUUGACAACCCACAAUUCUUUUGCCAUUAGCGGAGAGCCACCCCGCACGGGAGUUCCUAGACUUACAUUUACAAAUCAAGAAGACAACAUAACACAACAGCUUAAUAAUGGUGUUCGAGCCUUGAUGUUGGACACAUAUGACUUUCAAGGGGACAUAUGGUUGUGCCACUCUUUCAAGGGAAAAUGCCACGAAAUUACUGCAUUUGAACCUGCCAGGGAUACUUUUAAGGAGAUAGAAACCUUCUUGUCUUCAAAUCCAUCAGAGAUCGUAACACUGAUUUUAGAGGACUAUGUUGAAACCCCAAAUGGAUUGACCAAAGUUUUUAAUGAAUCGGGUUUGAUGAAGUACUGGUUUCCUGUCUCAAAUAUGCCUCAAAAUGGCCAAGAUUGGCCACUAGUUCAAGACAUGGUUGCCAGUAAUCAAAGACUUGUUGUCUUCACUUCAAAAAAGUCUAAGCAAGAAAGUGAAGGAAUAGCUUAUCAAUGGAACUACAUGGUUGAAAAUCAAUAUGGGAAUAAUGGAAUGUAUCCUGGGAAUUGUAGUAAUCGUGCAGAGUCAGCGAAGCUCGAUGACAAAACCAAAUCUUUGGUGUUUGUAAAUCACUUUGGAUCAGUUCCUGUUAAGCAAUUAAGUUGCAGAGAAAAUUCAGAGGACUUGAUUAAUAUGCUUCACACAUGUUAUGGUGCGGCUGGAAAUCGGUGGGCAAACUUUGUUGCCGUGGACUAUAUAUUAUAGAGUAUGUAACAUUUUUCAUCUUUAAAGAGGAGUAAUGGAGGGGGAGCAUUUGAAGCUGUAGACACAAUGAAUGGAGAGCUAUUGUGCGGCUCUGACGAUGUGCAUUCAUGUGUGCCAGGAUCAGGACGAGACGGGAAGCUUUAUGUAGUCAAAACUUAA